UCGACGAUUAUUACUACGGUAGCCCAAAAAGGGAAGCCGACCUGAGAUAUUCUUUUAAAAAGACUCAGAUCGUCGUCGUCGUUAAAUUUCAGGGCUCAAUUCCCGCCCUUAAUUUUGUUUCAGGGCUCCAAAGGUUCAAUCUUUAUUGUAAUUGUAAAAUGUGCGUCCAAUACGUACUGGGUUUCCAUUAAUUUUGGGUUCCCCAGUAAAAUUCCAUCCUCUCAAAAGUCAAAACCAUGGAACCCGAAGAGGGCCCCACCGCCAUCGUCCCCUUCAUCCCCACCGCCGCCUCCGCCAUUGUCGCCGUCACCGCCGCAGAAUCCGCCGUCGUCACCGUCGCAGCCAACCCACCGUGUCCAACCAACGACUCGGACCCCGAUCAAUCGGCGGUGACCGGCGGCGGCGGCCUCGCCGAGGAUCAUCUCAAACAAAAGCAGAUAGAUGUGGUUGCGGGUAAGAAGAGGCCCCGUAAGGAGACUAAGUGCACGUCAGUGGGUAAGAAGAGACCCCGGAAGGGGACAAAGUCCAUGACUGCUCAGACUGCUGACAUUAGUACUCAGCACAUUGUUCAUCAGAGGAGGGCUCGCGGAACUCAGGCCGAAAAUGAGGAGGUCACAGAAGUGACUGCAUCUUCAACUGGUACUGGUUCAACACAAUCAGAUGAUGUAGUGCCAAUAACAAAAGAAAGCAAAAAGAGGAAGAAUGGGCCUGGAAAACGAGGACCAUCCACAGGCUCUAAAGCUGAGCAAAUUAGGAAAAGAACAGGGAAUAGGAUUGCUGUCAAUCUUGAUCGUGAGCAUGGAAGGCCGACUGAUAAAGGGGUUUCAAGCCUUUUGUCUAAUGAGUGUGGGAAGAUUGUCAGGGAGAAGUGCCCAAUGGUGCAUGAAACGUGGACAAAGAUUUCCAGGGACGUGAAACAUAACCUCAGAAAGGAGGUUGAAGUGAACUUUGAAGUUGAUGUACAGCGCCCAUCAAUUAUACAUUACUUGAAUAAGGUUAUGGGUAAGGUGUACAGGGAGUUUAAGUGCGAGUUGCACAAGCACUACAAAAAGAUGAGGUCCCUUGAAGAGGCACUUGAUAAACCCCCCAAGGCAAUGAUAGCUAGAAACGAUCCAGAUCAGUGGAAGUGUUUGUGUAAACAUUUCUCAGAGGAAAAGUUUAAGAGGAAAAGUGAAACCAAUGCGAAAAAUCGAGCUGGAAAGGAGUAUGAGCACUGUGGAGGUUCUCGUCCUCAUGGUCUAUAUUUUCAAGAUAAAGUUCAGGAGGGUUCAAAGUUUCCCGCAAUCGAGACCUUCAGAGUGACUCAUCUCAAAAAGGGGAGUAAUGAAUGGAUCAGUAACAAAGCGCAAGAACAAUAUGAUAAGAUGAUUCUGAAAGAGGAGGCCUAUCUACAAGGCUUGGCAGAGAAGCAUCCAGAUAUUCCAAUCAAAGAGUUGCCAAUAUCCCCUGAGGUCGGGAUUGAGAUUUUAAAGGAGGUACUUGGUGUGAAACCCAAACAACCAGUUCGUGGAUUGGGCAGCUUUUGGGUAAACGAGACAUCAACCUCCAGCAUUAUAGAGGAACUGGAGGAAGUUUAUGCUGAACUUGAGAGGGAGAGGGCAAUUCGGGCUAAAAUUCAAGGAAUGUUGAAUAAUGCCUAUGAACGACUUAGUCAGCUUGAUCCUAAUUUUGAAGCGCCACAGCUUCACCUGGUUGAUCCUAAUAUUGAAGCGCCCCAGCUUGACCUGAAUGGUGAUGAGAAGCAUCAAACUCAAUAGUGUUUCUCCAAGACAUUCAUAUGCUUGUAUAUUUUGUGACUGUCUAUGGCAUUUUUUAAAAACACUUGAUCGGCUUCAUGACUAAAUGAUCACUUCCAAGGCUAGAAUUGUUAGCUUCCA